AUGGCGAUGCCCGCGGCCGCUCCGGAUCCAGCCAGUCCUAUGAAAUGUUCUGUGCCAAUGUUACUGGAAUAUAUAGAGGCUCCGAUCGGUUUGGACAUUCAACGGAAAUCAGACAAUGAGUCCUACUUAGUCGCUGUCAGUUCAUGUGUACUUUAUUUUAUAUGGCAUCAGGUCAGCAUUUUCUCCGGAGCGUUAUUCAUACAGCUUUCUCUGGGCUGGAAUAACUAUGUCGCGAUAGCCUCUCUCUUGCUGGUCACGGGGAUAUACACCGUUCUGGGUGGUCUGACAGCUGUUAUCUAUACAGAUGCUUUUCAAACCAUUGUCUUGACUUUAGGAUCGUUUGCUGUAGUUGGAAUAAGUUUUAAUAAAAUUGGUGGUUAUGGAGAAUUUCAAAAGAAAAACAUGGAAUCCAUACCUUCAAUCCGAAAUGAGAACACUACAUGCGGACUGCCACGAAGUGAUGCAUUCCACAUUUUUCGUGACCCUGUGAACUCUGACAACCCAUGGCCUGGUUUGCUUCUUCAGUCCAGCAUUGGUUGUUUGUGGUACUGGUGCUGCGAUCAGGUUAUUAUCCAGCGUUCCCUGGCUGCCAGGAAUCUGUCUCAUGCCAAAGGUGGAGCUCUACUUGCGGGGUACCUUAAGAUGCUCCCACUGGUGAUGAUGAUUUUCCCAGGGAUGAUUAGCAGAGCUCUCUUUCCAGAUGAAGUAGGGUGCGCGGAUCCUGAGGAGUGCAAGAAGUACUGUGAUAACCCUGUUGGCUGUUCUAACAUUGCCUAUCCUAAACUUGUCAUGGAACUUUUGCCAUAUGGUGUCCGCGGAUUGCUGAUGGCCGUGAUGCUGUCAGCCAAUAUGAGUUCCCUAACUUCCAUCUUUAAUAGCUCGAGUACUAUCUUCACUAUGGACCUUUGGAGACCCAUGCGCCCUAGAGCAAGAGAUAGAGAAUUGUUGAUCGUAGGCAGAAUCUUUAUUGUGAUCCUUUGUGUGGUCAGUAUUCUAUGGAUACCGUUGGUAAGAUCAUCACAAGGAGGGCAACUCUUUGCCUACAUCAAUGCAGUUCAGAGCUAUCUGGGAACACCAAUUGGAGCGCUGUUUUUUCUCGCUGUCGCUUGGAAACGUAUGACGGAACAAGGAGCUUUCUGGGGAAUGCUGAUUGGUCACAUGAGCGGGAUAAUAAGGUUGGGACUCGAUUUGGCAUAUCCUGCGCCCCAAUGUGGAGAGGAGGAUGAACGCCCCUCUGUUCUCGCGAAUCUCCACUACACGUACUUUGGUGCUCUAGUCGUUAUAAUCACCUCCGUCGCUAGCAUCGUCAUCAGCCUACUUACCAAACCACAGACAGAAGAAGAGAUGAAGAAUCUGACUUGGCAAACACGGAUCACUGUACACAUUAGCAAUGAGGAGAGCGAAGACGAAAUGGUCAAAGUUAAUCCUGACACUAAUUUUAAGGUGUCUUCAGAAAAAACUAUCGCGUCUGAAGAAAAUCUUGCUUCCGUGGUAGGGAAGUCCAAGAACCACCGUUCUCUUUGGAAACAUUGGGUGAAUGAAAUAUGUGGUUUGGCAUCAGAGGAAAACAAAGAAGAGAUGGUGUUUGACGAUGCGCGAGCGAAGAUAUUUUUAACUGAAAAUUCAAAAUGGCGGACUAUAUUGGCUGUCAAUUUUGUAAUAGGAAUUAGCAUUACAGGAAUUUUAUAUGGCCUUUUCCAUUAAAUUCUAAAUCAUCUGUAUUAAAAUAAAU